CGUCGAAGGGGACACAGGUUUCUGUGUAUAUUCAUGCUGUAUAUUUGAGAUGAAGACAACUAUGAGCAUUGAAGGACCAGGUUGUCGCCAGGACAGGAACAACAGAGCAGACGAACAUAAUGGGGGCAUAGGCCGGGUACUCUCGCAGGCCGUCACCGCACAUCCGUAUAUACUCCAUGUGCCGUACCGCAUCCCUCGGGCAGGACAUUGAUGCCGGUAAGCUUCCCUGAGAAGUUGCCACCGGGUAGUGCUCCUUCC